AUGUCGAACCGAAACACGCCCGAGGCCAACAGCCCGAACUGCGGUUCUGCUCAGGCCGCUCCAGAGGACACCAACACGGACUCUCCAGCUCCAGGACAGCCCGAGGAACAGAACAAAGAGCAGCCGCUGAAGCAGAGCUCUCCCUCGGCCACAGCCACAGAACCAGCCCCGGAGCCAGCCCCGGAGGAGGAGGUGGAAGGACCCAGGGAAGGACCCAGAGAGAUCAGCAUAGACCGGAGCUGCUUCAGGAAACACGGAGAGAAGAGUUUCUCUCAGAGAUCCAGGCUGUACGUGGCCAACGUGGGCCCGGACGUCACCGAGCAGGACUUCAGACACAUGUUCUCCAAGUACGGGAACACCGAGGAGGUCUUUAUCAACAGGGAGAGAGGGUUUGGAUUGGUACGAUUGGAAAGCAGGAUUCUGGCUGAAAUCGCUAAAGCUGAACUGGACGGAACUGUCGUAAACAACAGAACCAUCCGAGUCCGUUUGGCUUCACACGGGGCCUCGCUCCGGGUCCGAAACCUGCUCCCGAUGGUCACCAACGAACUCCUGGAGCAGGUGAGACUGGAACAGGUCAGACUGGAGCAGGUCAGACUGGAGCAGGUCAGACUGGAGCAGGUCAGACUGGAGCAGGUCAGACUGGAACAGGUGAGACUGGAACAGGUCAGACUGGAACAGGUCAGACUGGAACAGGUGAGACUGGAACAGGUGAGACUGGAACAGGUCAGACUGGAACAGGUCAGACUGGAACAGGUCAGACUGGAACAGGUCAGACUGGAACAGGUCAGACUGGAACAGGUGAGGGCGGUCCUCUCUGUGCUGAUUGGCCAGGUGAGGGCGGUCCUCUCUGUGCUGAUUGGCCAGGUGAGGGCGGUCCUCUCUGUGCUGAUUGGCCAGGUGAGGGCGGUCCUCUCUGUGCUGGUUGGCCAGGUGAGGGCAGUCCUCUCUGUGCUGAUUGGCCAGGUGAGGGCGGCCCUCUCUGUGCUGAUUGACCAGGUGAGGGCGGUCCUCUCUGUGCUGGUUGGCCAGGUGAGGGCGGUCCUCUCUGUGCUGAUUGACCAGGUGAGGGCGGUCCUCUCUGUGCUGGUUGGCCAGGUGAGGGCGGCCCUCUCUGUGCUGGUUGGCCAGGUGAGGGCGGUCCUCUCUGUGCUGAUUGGCCAGGUGAGGGCGGUCCUCUCUGUGCUGAUUGGCCAGGUGAGGGCGGCCCUCUCUGUGCUGAUUGGCCAGGUGAGGGCGGUCCUCUCUGUGCUGGUUGGCCAGGUGAGGGCGGUCCUCUCUGUGCUGAUUGGCCAGGUGAGGGCGGUCCUCUCUGUGCUGAUUGACCCGGUGAGGGCGGUCCUCUCUGUGCUGGUUGACCAGGUGAGGGCGGUCCUCUCUGUGCUGAUUGGCCAGGUGAGGGCGGUCCUCUCUGUGCUGGUUGGCCAGGUGAGGGCGGUCCUCUCUGUGCUGGUUGGCCAGGUGAGGGCGGUCCUCUCUGUGCUGGUUGGCCAGGUGAGGGCGGCCCUCUCUGUGCUGGUUGGCCAGGUGAGGGCGGUCCUCUCUGUGCUGAUUGGCCAGGUGAGGGCGGUCCUCUCUGUGCUGAUUGACCCGGUGAGGGCGGUCCUCUCUGUGCUGGUUGACCAGGUGAGGGCGGUCCUGUCUGUGCUGAUUGGCCAGGUGAGGGCGGUCCUCUCUGUGCUGAUUGGCCAGGUGAGGGCGGUCCUCUCUGUGCUGGUUGACCAGGUGAGGGCGGUCCUGUCUGUGCUGAUUGGCCAGGUGAGGGCGGUCCUCUCUGUGCUGAUUGGCCAGGUGAGGGCGGUCCUCUCUGUGCUGAUUGGCCAGGUGAGGGCGGUCCUCUCUGUGCUGAUUGACCAGGUGAGGGCGGUCCUCUCUGUGCUGAUUGGCCAGGUGAGGGCGGUCCUCUCUGUGCUGAUUGGCCAGGUGAGGGCGGUCCUCUCUGUGCUGAUUGGCCAGGUGAGGGCGGUCCUCUCUGUGCUGAUUGGCCAGGUGAGGGCGGUCCUCUCUGUGCUGGUUGGCCAGGUGAGGGCGGUCCUCUCUGUGCUGAUUGGCCAGGUGAGGGCGGUCCUCUCUGUGCUGAUUGGCCAGGUGAGGGCGGUCCUCUCUGUGCUGAUUGGCCAGGUGAGGGCGGUCCUCUCUGUGCUGGUUGGCCAGGUGAGGGCGGUCCUCUCUGUGCUGAUUGGCCAGGUGAGGGCGGUCCUCUCUGUGCUGGUUGGCCAGGUGAGGGCGGUCCUCUCUGUGCUGAUUGGCCAGGUGAGGGCGGUCCUCUCUGUGCUGAUUGGCCAGGUGAGGGCGGUCCUCUCUGUGCUGAUUGGCCAGGUGAGGGCGGUCCUCUCUGUGCUGAUUGGCCAGGUGAGGGCGGUCCUCUCUGUGCUGGUUGGCCAGGUGAGGGCUGUCCUCUCUGUGCUGGUUGACCAGGUGAGGGCGGUCCUCUCUGUGCUGGCGUUCUCUCAGUUCGGGCCCGUGGAGAGGACGGUCGUGGUCAUGGACGACCGCGGGAAACCCACCGGGAACGGGAUCAUUGAGUUUGCCAACAAAGUGUCGGCUCGUAAAGCUCUGGAGCGGUGCACGGAGGGAGCGCUGCUGCUCACUAACACGCCGUGUCCCGUCGUGGUCGAGCCGUCGCAGCAGUUUGACCAAGAAGACGGAGUUUCUGAAAAGAUUUUGGCCAAAACUCCUCGAUAUUAUAAGGGCCGGGAGCAGCCGCCCCGCUUUGCUCAGCCCGGGACCUUAGAGUUUGAGAUGGCGUCUCGAUGGAGAGCUCUGGAGGAGAUCGAGAAACAGCAAAAAGAACAAGUGGAAAAAAGCAUCCGACAAACGAAGGAGAAACUGGAGCAAGAGCUGGAGGCGGCGAAACACGAGCAUCAGCUGAUGCUCAUGAGACAAGAUUUAAUGAGACGUCAAGAAGAACUGAGGCGGUUAGAGGUUCUUCGUAAUCAGGAACUGGAGCGACGGAAGCAGAUCGAGAUGAGACACGAGGAGGAGAGACGUCGCAGAGAGGACGAGAUGAGACAUCCCAACAUGGACGGAACGGAGCAGAGAGCAGGCGACAUGAGUCAUCGUGGACCAAUGGGAGAGGGCUGUAACCCGGCGCCCGUAGCACCAGGAGGAUCCCACCCACAGAUGAUGGGUCUGAGAGCCGCCAUCAGCCCAGACGGAGCCAGCAUGAGCCCUAUGGGAGCAGACAGCGUCGCCAUGAGAUACCCCCCGCCUGGAGCUCAGGAGCCCGGACCUCAGGGACCUGGACCUCAGGGACCUGGACCUCAGGGCGUGCGUCCAGAGCUGGAACCGUCCCAGCAGCAGGGGCCUCCUCAGGGGCCUCCUCAGGGGCCUCCUCAGGGGCCUCCUCAGGGGUCGUACGGAGAUGGACCCAACAACAAGAGACGCAGAUUUUAA